UAGUAAUGAAGACUAAGAAUCCCAUUGCUAACAAUAUACCCAACCAGCUCGGCCUCCUCGUGGUUCCCCCUGGAAACUAUCAUGGUUAAUUCCUGAUGAAUUUAUCAUGAUGGGCUAACUGGCCUGUUUUCAUUCUCAUCAAUCACCUUUCACUGGUGCUCCGCCAGCGUAUCCCGUUAGCGCAGGCGGGUUGCCAUUCCAUUUUCACCUAUCAAAAAAAAAAGUCUUAAGAACAAGAAAACUUUGGUAUUCUGUUACCUUGUAAUUGUUUCUUUUUGGCUGAUGGCUUUCGCCAAAGUCACAAUAAAUGAAAAAAAAAAAACUUUGGUAUAGUCUCUGUAAUCUGUGUUGUGAAUUGUUAAAACUAUUAUUCUUAUCUUAAUGUGACAAGUCAGCAUUUUGAUCGGUAUAUGUUUUAUUAAAAUUAGAGAAAAUCAAAGGAAGAAAUGAAUAUACCCUUUCCUGUUUUAACUCCACGUUUAGUAGAUUCGAAAUGGUUCAACGCUGAUAGCCCUUGUGAUGAGGAGGCAGAACUUACUGCAUUAGAACAAGCAAAUCAGCAGUGGUUGAGUUCUAUUGGGCUGCAGUAUAUGAAACGGGCUCCUCUUGGCAAGACUGAUCCUGAGCCAAUGGAAGAAGAGGCUGAUACUGAUGAGGAAGAAGGUAAUGAUGAAUCAGAUGAAUCAGAAGAGUCACAUGAUGAAGAUGAGGAAGAAGAGUUACGAACAUCAUAUUCUCCAGCUAGGAAUAACAAUGAACUGGAGCCUGAUAGCUUGGAUGACUUGAAUGAUGCUUCAGAAUUGAACACUUCUGACCAAAGUGCUAUGUAUUGAACAUAUAUUGAUACAGCAAUUGAUUAAGUAAAUUAAUUGACAAAGCAGUGCAUUGUUCACUGUGAUAAAUGAACACUGAAUUUCCUGAAAAAUAGAGAAUAGAUUAAUGAUGUCACUCUAUUGAAAUGACCAGUUUUUGAUUAAAUUAAUAAAAAAAUAUAUUGUAUGUUA